AUGAUGUACAACGAGGCGGGCAGCGCUGAAGCCGUGGCUGCCGUGGCGGCAGUGGCGCCGGCCAAUCACACGACGACAGCUGGCACGUCCACGCUGUGCAAGCUGAUGACGUGGUGGUUGAGGCAGGGGGGGGGAGGUGGGCAGGGGGAGGGGAGUGGGGAGGAGGAGAGACAGGGAAGAGGUGGAGGAGGAGAGGGAGGAAAGGGAGAGGGGGAGGUGGUGAUGGUGCAUCAGGCGGACUGGCUAUUGGGGCAGCUGUGUGGGGCAGCGGACGUGCAUGUGACAGACUUCAAUAACGCCCUCAAGCUGGGUUACGACCCUGAGAGCAGCGCCUACCCCGACUGGCUGCUCGCACUGCCCUUCUCCCCCAUGCUGCCACGUGUGCUGCCGCCCGGCUCCCUCAUUGGCUCCGUCGCAGCACAACUCACAGCCGAGUUUGCCCUCCCGUCUGACUGCAUCGUCACCACCGGCACCACCGACAGCAUUGCCGCUUUCCUGGCCGCGAGGGUAACUACCCCCGGGUAUGCCGUCACCUCGCUCGGCUCUACCCUCGCCGUUAAGCUCGUCAGCACUGCGAGAAUCGACGAUGCUCGUUUUGGAGUAUACAGCCACCGCUUGCCGCCCGGAAAUUGGGCGCCGCCCGAGGUGGAGAACGAGGGGGAGACGGAGCAGGGAGGUGCGGCAGAAGAGGACAAGGAGUGCAAGUGGCUGGUCGGCGGGGCGUCGAAUACGGGCGGCGCAGUGCUGCGGGGGUAUUUCACAGACGAGCAGCUGAGGGAGCUGAGUGUAAAAAUAGACCCGAGUGUAGGGAGUAAACUCGAUUACUACCCACUUACUCGCCCAGGGGAGAGGUUCCCCGUGUCCGACCCUGACCUACAGCCUCGCUUGACUCCUCGCCCUGCUGAUGACGCUCUCUUCCUGCACGGCAUUCUCGAGUCCAUUGCCACCAUUGAGGUGCGCCCCUGCUACUUGCUUCCUUGUCCCGUCACUCGCUUCCUUGUCCCGUCACUCGCUUCCUUGUCCCGUCACUCGCUUCCUUGUCCCGUCACUCACUUGUCUUCCAUCUCAAUCUCUCUUCCUGCACGGCAUUCUUGA